AUUCAAAUCCACCAUGGCACAGAGUCAUACAUUGACAGAUGAUAAUGGCAAAAGAGCAAAUACACCUCAAGUCAAGGGGUUUAGCUGUAAAAGGAUAUCACAAUAUCAUUGCUUAUAAAUACCAAACAUUGUCAUUGUGCUGUAGAAACUGCAAAGCGCAGAGACCCUCAACCUCAAGGCAACUCGAUCAUAGGAUACUAGGACAAAAUGGCGAAAAUAGCCUUGGGAACCAUCUGUGAGGCUGCCCUGCCAGAAUUAUGGAGAGCCCUCGUGGUUGAGUUCAUCACCACCUUCCUCUUUGUCUUUGCUGGUGUUGGAUCAGCCAUGGCUACUGAUAAGCUAGACGCAGAUGCAUUAGUCUCGUUGUUUGCCAUAGCUGUGACACAUGCACUAGUUGUGGCCGUCAUGAUAUCCGCCGGCCACAUUUCCGGCGGUCACCUUAACCCGGCUGUCACCCUCGGCCUCCUCGUUGGCGGUCACAUUACCGUCUUACCUGCUAGAGUACCUCACUGGUGGAUUGGUCAUGUUAUUUGUCACCUAAUUUAAUUGUUAAUGUUUUGGCAGACUACACCAAUUCAUUCGCUCGCAAGUGGGGUGGGAUACUUUCAAGGUGUGAUAUGGGAGAUUAUCCUCACAUUCUCCUUGCUCUUCACAGUCUAUGCUACAAUUGUGGACCCCAAGAAAGGAGCUCUUAACGGUUUGGGCCCCACACUCACUGGGUUUGUGGUGGGGGCCAACAUCCUAGCUGGUGGGGCUUUCUCAGGGGCUUCAAUGAACCCAGCAAGGUCCUUUGGUCCGGCUUUGGUGAGCUGGAACUGGACUGAUCACUGGGUUUACUGGGUUGGGCCCCUCAUUGGUGGUGGGCUUGCUGGGUUCAUCUAUGAAAACUUCUUCAUUUUCAGACCAACAACUCAUCUCCCCAUUCCCACCGAGGAAGAGGCUUUUUGAUUCUUGUGGUGUCAAAUUAAACUCUACUUUGGCGAAAUUCUAAUUCUGCGAUAUUUUUAUUUUUAUUUUUUUGUCGAAAAUAAGAAUUCGAAUACAAGACUUUAAGUACAGGAGUAACUGCUUGAUAUUA